AUGGGACGCUCAAGCAUGGCUCAAGAGCAACUCGACCAUCAUCAGAUUCACGUCGUGGCCUGUGAUAUCACCUCUGCGGCGGCAGCCUUCUUCGGAUCCGGAACUCAGGCCGACCUUCUCUUUGUCAACGAUGGAUAUGCGGCGCUGGAAUCAUUCCACGCCGAGCUGGCCGGGCGCCGCAUCCGAGUCAACGCUGUGUCCCCUGGGUUUGUUCAAACACCGACUAUGGGCGUAGCGAAUGCGUCCGCUGACAAUCGGACGGCUUUUGAAGGCGAGGGGGUCAAGUUGACGCCGCUGGGACGUAUCGGGGACCCUGAGGAAAUUGCCCGUGCUGUCCUCUUCUUAGGCUUUGAAGCCACUUUCACGACGGGCUCACAGGUGGUUCUGGAUGGGAUUUUGUCGUCGCUGCAAGUACAUUGA